GUUUUUAGUACACAUGACAUAGCUUGUAUUUACUUUUCAUUUUAACAACACGUACACUAAGUUUAUACACUCUGCACUUCGUUUCUGCUCAAGCACUGAGUCCGUCUGUCAGUCAUAAUGUCCACACCAGCAAGGAGAAGACUCAUGAGAGAUUUCAAAAGGUUACAAGAGGAUCCCCCUGCCGGAGUGAGUGGGGCUCCAACAGAGAAUAACAUAAUGCUCUGGAAUGCCGUCAUAUUCGGGCCCAAAGACACACCGUUUGAUGAUGGCACCUUCAAACUAACAAUGGCCUUCUCAGAGGAGUACCCUAACAAGCCACCCACUGUUCGAUUUGUCUCUAAAAUGUUCCACCCUAAUGUUUACGCUGAUGGUAGUAUAUGUUUGGAUAUCUUACAAAAUCGCUGGAGUCCAACAUAUGAUGUAUCUUCAAUAUUAACAUCAAUACAGUCGCUACUGGACGAGCCUAACCCAAACAGUCCAGCCAAUAGUCAAGCUGCUCAGCUCUAUCAAGACAACAGGAGAGAGUAUGAAAAAAGAGUUCUGGCUAUUGUUGAAGAGAGUUGGAUGAACGCAUAGGGGCUCUGUGUGACUGAGUAGUUGUAGAUUAUAGUCCAUCAAUAAUUUUACCUUGCUACACUGUCAGUCAUGUUUGUACUUAUUAUUCUGUGAACACACUACAUGCUCAAAUGGUUUCAGAUUGACAAAA